UAAAGAGCCAGUGAACUGGCUCUUCAAAGAUAUAUGCCACCCAGGUGUUAGAGCAACUGGUGACAGAACGCUACACAGGUGGUAGUCAUGGAAUAAGAGAGCACAUCCACAGGAUGAGCAAUAUGGCAGCAAAGCUCAAGCCCAUGGAUGUGGAUCUGGAGAUCAAACCAGUGCUCCUGGUCCACCUUGUCAUGGCUUCACUGCCGAAGGAGUUUGAAGCUUUUGUUGUGAACUACAAUAUGUCACCUGGAACAUGGGACAUUGAAAAGACAAUAGCAAUGUGUGUCCAAGAAGAGGAUAGACUCAAAGCCUCACAUGGUGGUACACUCAACUAUGUGCAGGGUCACAAGAGAAAGAAUUACAAUCAAAACAACAAAAGUUCUCCUUCAAAGCCACAAGGAAAAGCUUCCUAUCAGCAUCAGCGUCAGCAACAGCCUUUCUCAGUGGACAAAGACACUUGUCUCCACUGUAAGAAGACCGGGCAUUACAAGAAAGACUGUCCUGAUUGGCUAAAGUCAAUCAUGGCAAAAAGAGGGAUUCCAUUCGACGCAGACUACGCUAAGAAGCGAAAGACGCAUUGAAGUGGCGAAUGGAGUUGAAGCAGAAGUUGAAGCUGUAGGUGAUAUCUCCUUGGAGUUAGCUGAUGGAUUCAAUCUUCUACUUAGAGAUGUUUUAUUUGUUCCAUCAUGUCAUAGAA